CCGAACAGCAUUCUCCUCCUCCCUCCCCUCUCUCCGCUUCGCCAAACCCUGGUACUCAGAAGACAAUGGCGACGCAGCAACCGCUUCCCCCCGCCGACGGCGUCGGCGAUAACACCGUCGACCGCGACGUCUGGCUGGCCUGCGCCGCACCGUUUUCCCGCAUCCCCACCGUCGGCGACGAGGUCUACUACUUCCCCGACGGCCACAUCGAGCAGCACCAGCACCUGUCCGCGGCGCCGCUCCCUGCGCAGGACCGCUUCCACUGCACCGUCACCGAUGUGAGCCUCGGCGUGGACGACAAGACGGACGAGGUGUUCGCCAAAAUCUCCCUCAGACCACGGCCAGGCCGCGCCGCCGCUCCUCCUCCGGGCCCCGGCGGCAGCAGCAACAGCCCCGCGCCCGCCCCCGGCCCGCCACAGAAGCUCAGAUACUUCACUAAGGAUCUCUCGCAAACCGACGUCUACGCAAAGUUCCGCAUCCCGCUGGAGAACGAGCACGUCUUACCCAUACCCAAGGUCGAAACGGACGGUGCCGACCAGCAGCGCGUGCAGCGCCAGGACGUCGUCAUGCGCGACACCAGGGGCAAAUCGUGGAGGUUCUCCGAAACCUACCGCGUCAAUCCGAGCAAGGAACACUCGCUCGGAACCGGGUGGUUGGAUUUCGCCAAGGCCAAGCGGCUCGCCGCGGGGGACAAGAUCGUCUUCAUGCGCCGCCCCAACGGCGACCUCAUCGUCGGCGUGCGGCGCCUCCACGUGCCCAGGUACCGGCCGUUCGACUUCCAAGGCCCGGCCCAGGACGUCAUGGAGGCCGUACGCCUCGCCGCCGCGGGAAGGCCCUUCACAGUCACCUACUUCCCGAGACAGGCCGCCGUGGAGUUCAUCGUCCCGCGCAGCGAGGUGGAUGACGCGCUCGCCACCAGCUGGGAACCAGGCGCAGUGGUGCGCAUGGAGGUGAUGGAGGACGAGAACAGGCAGCACACCGUGUGGGUCCACGGCCGCGUCAAUGCGAUCCGCCAAAACAUCUGGCGAAUGCUCGAGAUCAUCUGGGGUGUUGAUCCUCCUCUUGCAACGACGAGAUCUGUGAAUGCUUGGCAAGUUGCGUCCCUUCCUCCUCUUGCAACGACUGGGAGGAGUGUGAUCCGGUCGGAAUCAGAAAGCCAGGCCCAGAGCCCUUCUUCUUCUACUCGAGCCAGCAGGCACACCGACAGUGGCCCUUCUGCUACACCCUUUUCUGCAACGCCACCGCGUACAAUAAGCAUCCCCAGUGCUUCUCCCCCCAACAACCCAGUGAGCUUGUCUCCACUCCAGAACGUGAAGACCAUAAAGCUCUUUGGCGAAACAAUCUCUGUUGAUGGUGGUGGUGGUGGUGGUUCUGAACAAGUGAAUCGAGCUCCUCCCUCCUCCUAAUGGUGGUGGUGAUGCUACGGAUGAUGACGGUGGUGUUGAAAAAAAAAUGUCUAAACCAAAACGAUGCUCCCGUACGUACUUGAACGUAUAUAUGCCAUGACACUUCAUCCGUUCUCGGUGUGUUUUUUCUUGUAAAACACACACUGAUCUUUGUGGAUGUCAGCUAGCAUGAGAGAAGGGACUUUAGUUGAACACCACCUUUUUGGCCUUUUUUCAGUCGCUAUCUGUCCAGACUCCAGGCUAUAUAAUGCUUGCAAAUUACAUUUACCUCUUUUAGAUGCCAAACAAGAUCAAUGCUAAGAUGUAUAUGAUUGAUC